UUAAAUAUAAAAUAAAAUACAAUUUCUUAUAUUAGAUAAAACAUAAAAGCUUCAAGACAAACAGCAGAUUUCUUUAACAGUUCAACCCCACAUAACAUUGUGAUUUAUGUUAUAUUUGUAAUUAAAAUAUUUGUAAAAACAUUUUUAUAUUAUAUUUUCAUGUUGCAUAUUUCUUCCUCCACAGAUGGACAUUAUUACUACUAAUAGAAUUAAAAGUGAUAAAAUAAGUAGUAAAAUCACAGGGUACACUACAGUAUGUACAUACUGCCACAUGAUGGUGCCAAAGUGCUGCAGGCUGCUUCUAGGUGAAAUAGACCUUUCUCACUGAAGACAUACAAGUAAAUAAUAAAAUGAAUGAUGGCUGAAUUCCAUUUAGCUGCUUCAGUUUCAGGGCCCUGGUGCUGGCUCACUGCCAAACUGUCAUGGAUUACUGGGACACUUGAAUAGAACAAAGCCAUCAUUAAUAUUAUUAAUAACACCUGUGCUUUACCUACUAUGACAAGUCAAAAAGUCUGCUGGGAAAAAGGCCUAUAAAGAUGUGCAUGAUAGAGUAACACAUUUUUCUCUUUCUUGAAAUAAUUAAAUACAUUCCACCAUCAAAGUGGUUUAUAAUUGCUUUCUAUUAAAUAAACUGGCUUUGUACUAAAGGUUUUUACAUUGUGUCAUUUGCCUGUUUUGAUCAUCUAAAUUCAACUCAAAUCUUAAUGUAACGUAACUUAGACUUAGACAGACCUUUUACAUGUAAUGGUGUAUUUUUUGACUAUGGUAUUACUAUGGUAUGGCUUAAGUAAAGGAUCUGAAUACUUCUUCCACCACAAAUGUCUUACCAGAAAUUCUACAGGAAACCCACACAAUGACACAGUGUUUGUGUUUGGCUUUGUGUUUCAGAAAAAUGCUCUAGAGCCACCAGGUAAGUCUACAACCUUCUCCACAACAUACAUAUGCCUUCAAAACAAGUGACAUUUCCAGUAUUUAAAAUAAAAAUAUUAUGCAGAAUUCAUCAUUGAGUAACUGCCAUAUGUUUUUUUAAUGAUUCAGGAGUUAGUGAAUUUAAAGAGCUGACGUCUUUUACUGUCUGAACAUACAAGCAGUAAAAUGACAGAAGAACAGAAGAGAGGGAUGAGAUGUCUGGAGGACAGCACUCUGUCUUCCUGUGAAUCUUUUGCUCUCUGGCUCUUCUUUUGUCCCUCCCUGCCACGCCUCCAGGGGUCGCCUUAGCAACAUGUUUUACUGCUGGCAGCCAUAUAAAUACAGCAUUGGCUCCUAAACUAGGAAAGCUGUGCACAGUAACACUCUAUGCCAAGGACACAGCGAAAAAGGGGGCUUCAGCUUCAAAUAUAAAAGGAGGUACACAAGUGAAUGCAAAGUAUUUUAGUUAAUAUUUGAUAUUAUUCACCAAAAUUUUGUUAAAGGAGUGAAUUGCUUUUGUCAUAUGCAACACGGACUGAAAAAAGGGCAUUAAACAGAAAAGACAGAUUUUCAGCACAGCAUGGAUGCAAAUCUGCAUGCGAAUAAAGAGAUGGAUGACGCUGAGUCUCUUCAUGGCAGUAGGAGGGAGGACAGUCUCCUCAACAUGUUGACUGAAACUUUUCGGGGGCUUGAAGCUGCUAGACGCUGUAGAGAUCAUCAUAAUGGAGCGGUGGGUGAGAAGAGAUGCACAGAAGAAGAACCAGGUAGAGGCAGAGGAGAGGAAAUACAGAGAUGGAGUGAAGAAGGGAUGCUCAGUCCAGCAGAAUGUGAGAAGGAGGAUGAGGAGAGAGGAAGAAAUGCUGAUGAAGAGCGGGAGGAGAAAGAGAGCAAGCAGAAAGUUUUGGGAGCGCUGAGGGAGCUGAGUGUUUUUCAUUCAGACAGAGUGACAGCAUGGAGAGAAGUUCUCAGAGAAUGUGCCCACAUGCCUGCCAACUCCCCACCAGGGGACAGUGAUCAGCAACAUCUGUCUACAACAGAUACAGAAUGUGAAGUCACAGCUUGUUCAGACUCCUUCUGUAAUAUUUUUCUGAGUGUUGGGAAUGACAUAAAGAACAUUAUGGACAAACUGAACACAAUCAUAACUAAGCUGGACGAAGAAAUCCUCAAAUUAGGUGCAAAGGAGGCCUCAACUGUGGAUGCAUCACUUCAGGAGACCAGAGCUCCAAAAGCAUCAAAGCAACCUGAAGAUGACAACAAUCACCUGAACUCCCAAGAUCCCCUUGGAUUUGACUCUGGGCAUAAAAAGGACAUUGAAGAUGGAGAUGAGCAAAGUCAUACAAUGCCAUCACCAGACACUGAACAAACAUCAGACUCCAGAUUCAGCAGUUCUGACUGCAGCGAUGUGGAACCGCCAGGGAAAGAAUUUGUGGUCAAAAGUCAAGGGAGUGGUAAUGAGGACUGUGUUUCUCCAGAAAGUCAGAUAGAUUUCCUGGAGGAGACAGAAAAGGACACAAAUAGGGUAAAUGACAAGGGCAAAAAUGAGACAAACAUCGAAUGGAUCACAGUGGGGCUCACUGGUCAACAGGACAGCCAUUCAGAUGUACCAGACGCAUGCUUUAUCAGAGCACCUACGGGCGUGGCUGAAGUCCUGAGAUGUGAAGUGGCCGACACCCUGAGCUGCCUGAUGGUGACCGGCUCGGAGGAGCUGGUCAGCAGAGUGAUUAGAGUCAAAGCUCAGGACGGAGCUAACUUCCAUUUCCCUGUGACCGUGGUUGUGCCUUUCUGCGCCGGUUACCCCGGCAACUACAGGGAUGUCGCUGUGAAGAUAGUUGAUGGGGAGAGGAAAGCAAGCUACGUCACUCCUAUAACAACAGAGGGCACGUAUGGAGGGCAGAGGGGCUCAUUUGCAGAGGUGAGAGUGUACUCCCUGGGCCUGUUUGCAGUGGUUUCCUGUCUAAAAAAAGAAAAUUACACUGUUCCCACAUGGGGUUUGUCACUCAAGCUCCCCAUGGACCCCCGAAUCUGUCUGAACUACCUCCCAGGAUGCUUCACUGCUCCAGUAAUGGCACAAACCAUGAUCCAGCCUGUAGAUGCCAUCCUUCUGGCUGCUGUCAAGUCCAGAAGUGAUGCCUAUCACUCAGUGGUUUCUACAAGCCCACUACUCUACCUCACCCACCCAUCCUCUCAGCCCCCAAGAAGACCCCUCACUAUCACCCUUCCCUGUCCCCCGAACCCUGAAAAGAAGAGGCACACAAGGGGACAAGGGAAGACUCAGCUUGUUAGUGAUUCUCCACCAUGGGAUCAACCUGCUUCCCACAGAAGGAGAAUCCUGGGUGCCUCUGUGAAGUCUAAGGAGAUCUCCAAUGAGCUGCUGAUUGUUCUGGGUUCAAGAGACAAACAGUGGAGCGUCCUGGAUAAAGUCAUAGUCAGGAACCAGCAAAAUGGACUAGUGUCCUUUGAACUGACAGAGAACUUUGACAGACUGCUGGUGGUUCGUCUCCUCUCUCCGCUGCAGCCUUGCCACCUCACCUCCCUGGCAGAGGAGCUGGAGGAGUCGGUCUGCUGCCACGCGGUCACCAUCGUCCUCCAGCGUAGACAGGACGAGCCUCACGCUGUCCUGGUGGCUGCUCUGCCCAGCAGAGACCUCAGCUGGGAGCUGUCCAAACUGCGAGCCCGGGGCUACAGUGGCCUCCUGGGGACCUCGUCGGAGACCUCAUCGGAGAUCUCCAUGUGUGAGGGAGACCAGCUUCUACUCCGUUUCAGUGGCAACAUCACCUCCACAGUAGGAACUCGAAAUGACCAACAUGAUGUUCCACACGAGCGGAUCACCUUCCACAGCCAGCAGAAGAAUCACCUCUUGGUGCAUCUAACAGAAGUUGACCCAUUUGGGAACUACAGCUCACCUCACUACAAGGGCACAGCCAUGUUUUACAAGGUCACCAGAGGUCAGCUGGAGUGGCGAGGUGAUCCAGUCCCUACGGACACAAAGCUCCUGGGAGAUCCUGUCUGUAAGCUGUCUCUGACUUUACCCAAGAAAGUGAGAACCAUUAAUCGGCCCAUCGUAGCUAGGGUGAAGUUAUGCGAGGAGACGGGUUCCCUAUCAGACUCUCUUCUUCUCUGGCUGUCCGGGGAGCUUUCAGAGGAGGAAGUAGCCCUUCUGGUGCUCUCCCUGCGUCUCCGUCGUAGCGCCACACAGCUGGUGAAGCUCCGGGCUGGGGACAGCCUGUCCAGCCAGGCCUUCCAUGUCCUGGCCAUGUGGAGGAGGGGGCUACCGGCUGCCACACGCCAACCCAAGGCCUCUCAGCUGGCUCACUGCUUAUCAAAGAGUGGCAGGCCGGACCUGGCCAGAGAGCUGCUGCUGCGACAGGCUGCAGCCACCAGGCAGGGCUCGCUGAAACAAGAAAGCUUAAAAAGUAGAAAUCACACUGAUUUUUAAUUGCUGCAUUUAGUCAGGGCAUUUGUGCCUGCCAAGUUGGUGGUAGUGUUUUGUUUGAUCCACAAGGGGUCAGCAUUGGACUGUGAGAUUCCGUGCUCUCUUCCAGACUUGAGUCGAUUAUGUCUAUGAGUAAUGAUGACUAUGUCAAACCAGUGAUUUUUAGAGGCCCGAAGACUUAAUAUUAUCUAGUAAAAAAGAAAAAUGAGAAAUAUGUGAAAAAAACUAAUCUAAUUUUGUACAGCAAAUGUUUUUUUCUCUGUUUCCCUCUCCUGUUAAUUGUCUCAUGACCCAUUAUAUUAGUCUUGUGACCCCUUGGGGUGCCAAACCCCAGGCUGGGAACCAGUGAAUGUUGCUUAGUAUUUCUUGUGGCAAAAAUAGCUGCAGAUCAAAACAUAAGACACUGACUGAGACAUUCAGACAAUCACGGUUGAGUAUUAGAAAGUAGUUAGUUUAGCUAUUUGUAAUUGACACCUUACCUCAUAUUAUGUGUUAUAAUCGUAGAAAAGGUUUCGUAGUCAUCUGGACACUGUUUUCAGAAUCAAGACGUUUCGUCUUGACACAAAUGAAGAGAAUUAUCUGCAACCACGACUUGAUUCAGAGUUAAAUAUUAAAAUAAACUUUACAUACAAAAAAACUAUCUUUGUUUGCUGUGAACCUAAACUGUAGCUGAUACACACACUGUAUGUUUGCCUGUAUGUGUUGCCACACAAACGUCUGUACGAGCUUUCUCAGGUUAGUUUUACAUUUAAAGUCUGAAUUUUUUGUAAGCAUUAAUCUCAGCACCUUCAUAUUCUGACUUUAUUUUGUAGUUUGUCUCCACAGACAGGUAGCUGAUUUACACGACCAGUCAGCCAUCUCUUCUCUCUAUGUAAACAAACGCAGACACUGAGCUGUGACCUCUUUUCAGCUCCCUGACACCGAGUCAUCUUUAAGACUUGACUGUGUCUGUUGCCGAUAACUGAUUGGAUAGCAAAGGCUUGUUUCUCAGCAUAA